AUGGACCCAAGUCUUCCUACAGCAGUAGAUUACGAUGAGGAGCCGGAUCGAAUUCGACAGGACUUGCUCAGUCGCCUACACUGGAACGUUUUCGGUCCCCUCGACGAAGUCGCUGUGCGAGACGGCCCUACACUAACACCUCUCGCACACCACGCCAUAAAGUCCGAAAGCAUCGCCCUUCCACCCCUCUCUAAAGUCACCAUCCACAUAGACGUCUGUCAGGAGAAAUACGCCAUGGACGAGCACGACGACGAAGAUCGCUACCAGCCACCGUCGCCGCUAGUCAUUGAAAAGACAGAUGGCACCCCCAUUUCGAUAAACGACUUUGUGACUCUGGUCCACCCUUUUUUGAACGCCAAUGAAGAAGAGAUUUCCAAAUGCGAAGACGAAUUUCAUACGCUGCCGACGAGGCUGGAAGACGGUACUACGUUUGUCGGCGUCGACCCUGAUGAAUUCACCUCGGGUGACCAUGGCCACUUUUACCGAAGCGGCAACAUGCCAGCCAACCCCCGGUUUUUCUUCGAUGAAGCUCGGUUCAAUGCUGCCGACGAAGACGAAUUCGAGAUCUACAUUGUGCUAUUCGUCGAUGGCAACUUGGGCGUCUCUUUUGAUGAGUUUUGGGCACGGCGCGCUGCGGUAACGUAUGUGCAUCGUGAAUGA